GGCAGGGAGGAGGAGAGGGCUUGAGCUCCAGCCAGAAUAAAGGGCUUUUUCUCAACUAAGGACUCUAACUGCUGACAUGGGUCCCCAGCAUGGAUGGGGACAUUGAUGUUUACAAGCAUUUCUCGUGGCUGAAGAGGUCCCAGGUAAAUCACCACAGUGCUGCUAGUAAUGAAACCUACCAGGAACGCCUGGCACGGCUAGAAGGAGAUAAAGAGUCCCUCAUACUACAGGUGAGUGUCCUCACAGACCAAGUGGAAGCCCAAGGAGAGAAGAUUCGGGACCUUGAAGUGUGUCUGGAAGGACACCAGGUGAAACUCAAUGCUGCCGAAGAGAUGCUUCAGCAGGAGCUGCUAAGUCGCACAUCUCUGGAGACCCAGAAGCUGGAUCUGAUGACUGAGGUGUCUGAGCUGAAGCUCAAGCUGGUUGGUAUGGAGAAAGAGCAGAGAGAACAAGAGGAAAAGCAGAAAAAAGCAGAGGAGUUACUGCAAGAGCUCAAGCACCUCAAAAUCAAAGUGGAAGAGCUGGAGAAUGAACGGAACCAGUAUGAGUGGGAGCUGAAGGCCACUAAGGCUGAGGUAGCCCAGCUGCAAGAACAGGUGGCCCUAAAAGAUGCAGAAAUUGAGCGUCUUCACAGCCAACUCUCACGGAGUGCAGCUCUCCACAGUGACCAUACAGAGCGAGACCAAGAAAUCCACCGUCUGAAAAUGGGGAUGGAAACACUGCUAGUUGCCAAUGAGGAUAAGGACCGUCGGAUAGAGGAGCUUACAGGGCUGUUGAACAAGUACCUAAGGGUGAAGGAGAUUGUGAAGGCAACUCAGGGGCCUUCAGAGAGAACCAUCUCAAUCAAUGAAGAUGAAAUGGAGGGAAGCUUCAGAAAAUGGAACCCCACAAAUAAAAACCCCGAGGAAGUAUUGAAACAAGAGGUGUCACCACGAGGCAGCUCUCCCACGCCAGGGCCACCUCCUUUGCCACAGAAGUCAUUGGAGACCAGGGCUCAGAAGAAACUCUCCUGUAGUCUGGAAGACUUGAGACAUGAUUCUGGGGAUAAGUGUGUCGAUGGGAACCAGCUGUCCCUGGUGGGAGAGCCCAAGGACAGCUCUUUCCUGGCAGAGCAGAAAUACCCUACUUUACCUGGGAAGCUCUCGGGAGCCAUGCCCAAUGGAGAAGCUGCCAAGUCUCCUACUGCCUCCCCGCAGCCUGACCCUUCAGGCAGCAGCUUGCUGAAGCUGAGAGAAACAGAAAGUGGCUGGGAAGAUACAGUCUUGACCAAUGAACUCUCAUCUACUUCAUCUGGUACUGAGUCAAGCCCCCAGUCUCCCCUGACCCCAGAUGGCAAACGGAGCCCCAAAGGCAUCAAGAAGUUCUGGGGAAAAAUCCGAAGAACGCAGUCAGGAAAUUUCAACACUGAUGCUCCAGGGAUGGCAGAGUUUCGGCGAGGUGGGCUCCGGGCAACUGCAGGGCCAAGACUUUCAAGGACCAGGGAUACCAAGGGACAGAAAUGUGAUGCCAAUGCCCCCUUUGCCCAGUGGAGCACAGAACGUGUAUGUGCGUGGCUAGAGGAUUUCGGCCUGGCUCAGUAUGUGAUUUUUGCCAGACAGUGGGUGGCAUCUGGCCAUACACUACUUACAGCUACCCCUCAGGACAUGGAAAAGGAGCUAGGGAUUAAACACCCCCUCCAUAGGAAGAAGCUGGUCUUAGCAGUGAAAGCGAUCAAUGCCAAGCAAGAGGAGAAGUCUGCACUGCUUGACCACAUUUGGGUGACACGGUGGCUUGAUGAUAUUGGCUUACCCCAAUACAAAGACCAAUUUCAUGAAUCGAGAGUUGAUGGCCGAAUGCUGCAAUACCUAACUGUGAAUGAUCUACUUUUCUUAAAAGUCACCAGCCAACUCCAUCAUCUCAGCAUCAAAUGUGCUAUUCAUGUGCUACAUGUCAAUAAGUUCAACCCCCAUUGCCUGCACAGGAGGCCUGCUGAUGAGAGUAACCUUUCUCCUUCAGAAGUUGUGCAGUGGUCCAACCACAGGGUAAUGGAGUGGCUGCGAUCUGUGGACCUGGCAGAGUAUGCCCCCAACCUUCGAGGAAGUGGUGUCCAUGGCGGCCUGAUUAUCCUAGAGCCACGCUUCACUGGAGACACCCUGGCUAUGCUUCUUAAUAUCCCCCCACAGAAGACACUCCUCAGGCGCCAUCUGACCACCAAGUUCAAUGCCCUGAUUGGUCCUGAGGCUGAACAGGAAAAACGAGAUAAAAUGGCCUCGCCAGCUUACUCACCUCUGACCACCACAGCCAAAGUCCGGCCCAGGAAACUUGGAUUUUCACAUUUUGGAAACAUGAGGAAAAAGAAGUUUGAUGAAUCUACAGAUUAUAUUUGCCACAAAGAGCCUGGCGAUGCGGCCAAUGACAGCCACAGGGUCUAUGGUGUCUAUAGCAUUUGCCCCAUGGAGCCUGGCGAUGCGGCCAAUGACAGCCACAGGGUCUAUGGUGUCUAUAGGGGCCAGAGUCCCCUUGAUAACCAUGAACUAGAUGGGCUGGACCAGGUGGGACAGAUAAGCUGAUGCCAGUCAUCUGCCUUCUUUUUGCACGGAGCGCUUGCAGUAACACCGUGUGUCACCAUAUAACUGCACUUCACUUCUGUCCUUGUGCAUGUUGUGCAGAAAAAGCAAUUGUGUACUUUUGGGCUGGUCUCUCUACACACCAUAAAGAUGGUCAGGAUAAUGCAGUUACACAGCUACAGAGAAGACAGACGCUGGGGACUAUAGCCAAAUGUGGACUGAGGGGAAAUCUCCUGAAGAUACUUGUACAUAUUUAGUCAUUCUUAAUAUCCAUAUUUCAGCUGGCAGGCCCAGACAUCCUAGGCAAUCUGAAGAGGCCCAGCUCUCAGACACUGCCCCUAUGCUCCAGUUGAGGAAAGAAUUCCAAGUGCCUUAGGCCGGUGGGCCACAGAGUCUUGGCUGAGAUCAAAGGGACAACAGAGUAUUGUGGGCCAUGGUGUUAACAUGAUUUGAUUGUACCUUACUAUGGGUGGCCAU